CAUUUACAGGAAGAGAUUUCACCUUGUGACAGGAGAGAACAACUUUAUUCUGUGGGAUUUACACCGAGGACAAUGGCCGCACUAAUUCCAAUGGACAACAACCCAGGCUUCUUCUCAUGAAGGUAGCUCGGCCCACUCUAUAGUCACCUUGGAACUUACAGACAACUGGAUCUUUAUCAUGGAUAACAACAAUGAGAUCGAAAUGUUGGACAAUGACAAUGCUCAUUCUUUAUGUGCUGUGUGUGGACAGGAACAUUCGGUUGAAGAAAACCAUUUUUACUUAUACACAGAAGAAGUUGAUGAUGACUUAACUUGUCACAUUUGUCUACAUGCUCUGGUUGUACCAUUGGACACUCCAUGUGGUCAUACAUAUUGUACUCUCUGCCUCACUAACUUUCUCCUCCAUGAAAACUUCUGCCCUAUGGAUCGAAAAUAUAUCAUGCUACAGUCAUGCAAAAAGUCCACUGUGCUGGUAAAGAACUUGCUGGAUAAACUUUUGGUUACCUGUCCCUUCAAAGAGUAUUGUCAAGAUGUUCUUCAACGAUGUGACCUCGAAGACCACCUCCUGAACAGGUGUAAAGGUGCAUCACACUAUGGCCUUACUAAAGAGCGCAAAAGACGUUCCCAGGAUGACUCCCCAGACUGCAGCUCGUCUCUAGACUUAACCGUAGCAGCAGUGUCAUCAGAAUUAUCAGCUGCCUCAGCUGCAGCCUUAGUGUCUGAUGAGACGGGCCAGGACAACCCUGUAUACAGCUUACCCACAGGAGACAGCCAUUUGGGAAGUGGAUUUGAAGAACAUUGCAGAAUUAAUCGCAACAGGAGUCGUAACUUUGAGCGUUCCACUGUCAGGAGCCUGUCAUUUAAGAAGCUGAACCGAGCUCUCAGCGUACUGCGCAGAACAAAGAGUGGAAGCGCUGUUAUACAUUCUGCAGACAGGGAACGAGGGAUCCUGCAAAAUGCAAAUGUCACCGAGGAUUGUAUAGGAUUGCCAAAUCUGUCCCACCUUAUUCCAGAUGGAGAAAUUACUUGUAUUAAAAUCAAUCGCUCAGAUCCAAGUGAAUGUCUUGGCAUCAGGAUUGUGGGUGGGAAUGAAACUCCUCUUACCCAGAUCAUCAUACAACACAUCUACCAAGAUGGAGUCAUUGCUCGAGAUGGAAGACUUCUUCCAGGAGACAUGAUCUUGAAGGUGAAUGGCAUCGACAUCAGCAAUGUGCCUCACUGCUAUGCACUAUCCAUCCUCAAACAGCCCUGCCAGGUGCUGAAGCUUACAGUUCUCAGGGAACAGAGGUACAAAUGUAGAAGCAAUGGCAUCAUCACAGACUCACACUCUCCUCGUGAAGACAGCAUACAUGUUGUGUUAAGUAAAAGUAGCCAAGACGUGCAGCUCGGAAUAAAGCUAGUCCGCAAACGAGAUGAGCCUGGAAUAUAUAUAUUUAAUUUACUGGAAGGAGGAGUAGCAGCUCGAGAUGGUUAUUUGCAGGAAAAUGAUCGAGUUUUGGCAAUUAAUGGCCAUGAUGUCCGAAAUGGGACCCCAGAAAUUGCAGCUCAACUCAUACAGGCCAGCGAGGAAGGGGUUUAUUUUGUUGUUUCACGACAGACCAGACAUCAGACCCCUGAUAUCUUACAGGAGGCAGGAUGGCAUAACAACAGCAGCCCUCCAUCAUGCCCCAGUGAGAGAAACCAAUUUAACAAGAAUGCUAAUCGAACAGUACUAUGUGUGGAGAAGGUUGUGAACAUUGUUAAGGACCAUUCAGAGUCACUGGGCAUGACAGUGGCAGGUGGAGUAUCGAACUGGGAGUGGGACCUGCCUAUUUUUGUUACAAGCAUAGACCUGGAUGGUGUCAUUGGGAGAGAUGGGAGAAUAAAAACAGGUGACAUUUUACUGAAUGUCAAUGGUGUAGACCUAACAGGAGUCAGCCGUAGUGAAGCUGUGUCGUUACUAAAAAACUCUUCCUCCUCAUGCGUUGUUCUGAGAGCCCUGGAAACAAAAGAGUAUGAGCCAGAGGAAGACAUCGGCAACUCUCUGCUCAUGGAACCGGUUCAAAAUGGCUUUGAGAACAGAGAAUGGUCACCAGUCUGGGUCAUGUGGCUGAAGCUGCCUCAGUAUUUAUACAGCUGCAGAGAAAUUGUGCUGAGGAGGAAUACAGCAGGGAGCCUGGGCUUCAGCUUUGUAGGAGGUUCAGAGGAUUGCAACCGGAACAAGCCAUUCUAUAUUAAAUCCAUACUAGAAGGCACCCCUGCUUACAACGACGGGAGAAUAAGGUGCGGUGAUAUGCUCUUGGCUGUAAAUGGGAGAUGCACAUCUGGGAUACCCUACAACCUCCUCGUAAGAAUGCUAAAAGAACUGAAAGGAAGAGUGGUACUUACCGUUGUGUCAUGGCCUGGGUCCUUCUUGUAGACAGUGCGUCACUGUCACUUGUCUUACAUUCCACAUGACGUUCUGGUUCUCACGUGUUUUUAAUACCGGUAUUAGAAUUUUUUUUAAACACUUGUUUGUCAUUUUUGGGUGUAAAUGACCACAGAUGUGUUUCUCAUGCAUGCAAAUAACAUAAAACUCCAGAGAUCAAGCACUUUUACACCAUCCUCAAGAGGAAUAUAACUGUGUAGAUGUUUAUACGUUGUCUCUUAUGUGACAGAUGUUAUCUGUGUGUUACUCCCAGUAUCUGUGUGUUACAUUAACAUACUGUAUACAUCAUUCACCACACAUUAAGGAAUCUGAACCAUCCGUUGUGGAACCAUCUUGAAGUUCCACUUGUUACACUGUAAUUCGUCAUUGACCUCUCAUCGGGAAGGUAACACAAAGUUGCUUUAGUCAGUUUCCUUCAGAACCCAAAGUCAUGUUUACCUAAUUGAUGAGUCCACAAUGUGGAAUCCAAGAUUGAAGACCAUGUUCAGAGGUCUCUGAAUUAUACUCUUUUCUGCCUAUUUGCCAAAUGACCAGAUCUAAGCAACUGGGGCCAAAGUGUUUAUUGUCAUGCUUACACCUGCAUCAAGCAUAUGUCAUUUCGAAAGCAAAUGUGUGAUCUGAAGGAAAAUGAUGAUGUUUCCCAGCAUGAUAUGUGCUUUGUAAUGAGUAUAUUGUCCUCUCUUAUCUCUGGGUGAUAUAUCUCAGUGACCAGUGUUUGGACGUUAUAUACGAUGAAGCAGUACACUAUACAGUUAAAAAGGUUGGCCAAUUUGCAAUGCAACUGGCCAAAAUGCCAUAAACAGCCACGUAUGCAGCAGUCGUAAAAUAUUGUUCCCCAGCCGUCCUAAUAAAGGCCCUGGACUGCCCUGGUGUCACUAAACUAUACAUACCUGUCAUUUUCUGUGAUGGGCUAUAAGAUGGCAGCAACCAUUUCUUCUGGCUACUCCUGAGUAGCUUCUAUCCUGCGCAGGCGCUGAAUGGUAAAUUGACGGGUCCAGCUCAUGCACGGCUAUCUCUAUAUGAGCGUGGAUUACAAUCGAUUAUAUGUUAUGCUCAGGCUCGGACUGGCUCACAGGGGAACAGGCGAGUCCCCCGGUGGGCCAUUAGUCCCCCAUCCCCUGCACAAGUGGGCCCCCAAAACGCACCCGUCUAACACUGGUUUUGCUGAAUCUUUUCCCAUAACACUAUAUAUCAAUCUGCUCAGCUCCUCCAGAUCUUUAACAUGCUGCCCAUAGAUUGAGUUAAAUUUUCAUAAUGGUGGGUACCUUUUGAUAAAUUUGUGGCUACAUGUUUUAUCACUGUUACCAAGAUCCAAGCGUGAGGGGACUUAUGCCUUGGAACCGAACCAGAGUUCGGGAAAUGUUUUUUUACAGUGCAAAUUAAUUUAUGAAGCUAUUGCGCAAAGUCUCAUGAGACUUCACGAAGCAAUAACUUUGGCUCAUCGGAGCCAAUACAUUCUAAUACUGUACAGAGCUCCUGCUCCGUACAGUAUUAGAACAAAGUUUAACUAAGUUUUCGCUCAUCCCUAAUCCCUACCAAAAUAGAGUACUAAAUAAUCAGUGUCAACUGGCACAUUCAUUUAUGCAAUAAAUAAUGAAUGGCAGUAAAGUGUUAAAUAACUAGCCAUCCACAUUUGGGUAAAAGCCCAUGAAGAUCAAGACACUCAUUCACUUAUUAUCUCUCAUAUUUUACAAUAAGAAUAGAUAGUAUUAUAGUAGGUAGAAGUCAACUCUUGCCUCACAAUUCCAUGCACAGUGGUGUUGGAUAUGGGGAUUACGUUCUAAAUUGAACACAGAAUAUUUCACAAUCAUCUGCUCUACUUCUAUAUCUACAUCAUGUAUGGUCUAUUAGUCCCCUUACGCUGAUUAAGGCGCUCUCCCCAAGGAGAGAUAGUACCCCCCAAAUCCUGAAUUAGGCCUCUCACCCAGUUAAGCCAGUACUCUCUUCUCUGCAUUGAUGAGGGGAAAUUACCCUGAAACCCCUGGCUGCAGAUGAGGUGCUGGCUUACUUAAUAGCCAAUAUUAAUAUGUCUCAAAACCUAUUUAAAGGGUACAACACUGGCUUACAGGAUAGCUGCCUUACAUCUGGUGGUAUCAAAAGCAGAGCUUGUUAAAAGCUCAUUUGCAUCCCUUUAUUCCAAGAAUUCCAGAAGAGCAUGUAUGGCCUGUAAGUCUCCUCAAGCCGACUAAGGCGCUCUCUCCCCAAGGAGAGAUCGUACCCCCCAUAUCUACUUCAUGGUAUGUAUAAAUCCUGCUGCAAUACUGUACUCAUUGUAAAGUUACUGCGAUAUCAGAAAUAACUCCAAACAUGGGGAUCACUACCAGAGACUAGCACUGCUUUUAGUAGGAUGCUGACAAUGCAAGAAGACAAGCUUUUUGCCGAUGAGAUAACUGGUGGGUGCUACAUAUCACCUCCAUUCAGCAUUAUGUUCCUCUAAGAAAUAUGAAACAUUCCUUGGUGAAUUACACUUUAACUUUCAGGGAUUUAUAUAGGACCAAAAGGGAGAUGAAGAUUAUACGUUUUCGGCGUAUAAUUUCUUACGAUCCAUCAGUCAUAUAACCCAGAGGAAAUAUGGUUACAUACGGAAGAACACCAGCAUACUGUUUGUUUUCACUUAUUUUUAGACUUUUCUAGGAUAAUUACAGUGACCAAAGUAAUAAACAAUAAUUACACAGAAUAAGCCCAAAUUAAGGAGGAAAGCCCUCUACAGAAUUAUAGCAUAUCAAUGUGAAACACUGCUGCGUAUGUACUGCGCCUGAUAUUAUAUGAUUGGGUUAUUCUGAAGUGUAAAGUAACUAGUUUGUCAUGUUUUGCAUGGAUCAGAUUUACUAGAGCUAGACAGUCUCAGCAAAAUAACUUUCCCAAUUCGUAGUGCAACCUACACAGACAUUGCCCUGCCGAUAGAUACUGCCAUUAGCAGAAAUGGCCUAAGGGUCACCAUGUUCCUUCAUUAUACAAGGCAUGGGAGGUAACUUGGAGGCAUGACUGAAUUCAUCUUUCCUAGGGUGUGCAAGAAAAAGUACAUGAUUUUUGCAAGAUUAUGUACAUCCUUUCUUCCCAACAUGAAAAGUGUCACCCACCCCUUUUGCUCUGUAUUAUACAUGAAUAACAUUGGCCACCUAAGGCUAUGUUCAGAUGUAGGAUUUUCAGCGCAGAUUUGCUGCCAAAAGCCAGACGGAAUAUGUGCUGAAACCAGCUCCCAUUUUAGUGGGAGGCCGUGCCGUAGUUCAUGCAGCCAAGGGCUUUUGCCGCAUGGUUUUGAAGACCGCACCAAGAAUGUACAUGUCCAUUUUUGGCCUCAGCCAGAUCUGAACUAAACCAAGAGCAGGCCAUCAUCAAAACCCACGGCAAAAACCCGAGCGCAGCAGUUUCAGCUGUGGGAUAUGUGACGAAUUUUGUUGCAAGUCCUCCGUGUGAACCUACCCUUAGGACUGCCCUGAAUACCAUGGAGGCAUUGGGGUAGACUGCAUGAGGAGGACCUUGCUAUAGUUCCUUUAGAUUGAAGACAUCAGGGCUGGUAAUUAGAGCAAGAAAGAUUGGUAAGAGGCACUAUUGAAAGAAAAACUCAGACUGUGAGAUUUGGCAGAAUAGGGUUUUCCAGGACUUGGUCGUGUGUCCAUGUGACGGCAGCAUUGCCUAGACCGACCACAGCUUAUCUGAAACAAAUUCACUGUGUGUCUACUAUCCUGUACUCUCAGCAUCAUGAGCCCUUAUCAGUAUUACCAGUGGUCAAAGUUGAACUAACAUGUUUUGAGUUGAGGCCAGCCCAGCCAUAGUCAUUCUGGGAAAUGUGGCCAUCAAAAGAAUCCUUUUUUUUCUGGACCACAUGCACAGGACCAUUUGAAACUAGACUUAGGAUCCCAGUACACGUUCAGGUUUUCUUCGGGUUUUGGAUGCAGUUCAUUACGCCAAAACCACAGGUGGAUCAUAAUAGAAGGAAAGUACAUAGGAAAUAUUCUUCUCAUCUUGUUUUAGGUUUAAAAACUGCUUCAAAAACCUGACCGGUACAGGCAGACUUUGGCCGAGUUUAUAUGUUGAGGCCUCAUCACAGGUGCAGUGCAUUUGUGAUUGUCGUUUUCAGUAAUUAUGGCAAAACUGCCAUGAGUUUACAAAACUGCAGCAAAAACCUCAGGAUGGCCUGACUGCAACAGGUUGGAGACCGCUAGUUUAGACUGUGUUCAGACUAGUGCUAGAGGUCUCCAGUCUUUAUUUAGUAAAAGUGGGAACAGAAACCAAAAUGUCUCAAUUUCUCUCAUUUGGUUAACAAAGGAGGACACACUGAACAGAACUCUUUAAUGCUUGCCUCAAUAUAUGUAUCUCCCUCUUCUUAAAUGACAGUACUAGAGAAUCUUUCCAUAGAACUUGACAUUGCGCUUUUAUUCCUCCUGGAAACAAACAAAUACUUUGAAAACUCUGUGUUAUCAUUCCCCUUGAUAGUAUUGCUCUUUUCUAUACAACCUACGACUGCUGGCACUAAACUGACAGUCAGAGUGCGGGGACACAACCUAUUGACAAGCGAAUUGGCAAUUCCCAGUUGUCAAUGUAUUCAUGCAUUUCCAAGAGUAAUAUGAGAGGAAUGGCACUAUGCAGAACUUUCAGAAAAGAAUGCUCCAGAAUUUCAUGGAGAAUUCAAGUAUGUUCUAAGGCCGAAUGCACACAGCCGUGUU